AUGACAGUAGUUUAUCUUUGCGAAACUCAUCUUUCUUUUUCAAGUUUGUUAAACUAUGACAGCUCUGCACCGAUUAAUUUCAAUAGUUUUGUGUCGAAACAUAGUAACAAAUUGGAUAACUAUGACUUUGUGAAAGAUGAAUUAAAAGAUGGAACCGUCUCGGAUAAAGCAAGACAAAGACUAUACAGAAAACCAUACAACAUCAAACACAUAGCAUUGGAUAGAAUAACACCGUCGAGUGCAAAGAAUAGUAUUCAAUCGUAUCGAUGGUUGGAUGGCAUCAAAGAUAAUAUCUAUCUGCAAGCUAGAUUCGGUUUCAAAUCAACUCUUAUCGAUAGUUUGUUGAAAUUGGAGCAACAAUAUAGUCGUUAUAUUUGGUUUGAUAAAAAGAAUAAUGAUAAUCUUCAACAACAACAACAACAAGAAAGUGGUGAUAGUAAUAAUAAUUAUAAAGUGAUUGGAUUUGUACCAAAUCUAUUCAAGAUAAUAGAGAAUGCAUGUAUUGGUGAACGAGUAGAUAUAGUUGAAUACAUCUAUCACAGAUACCAUCGACACCUUCCAGAGGUAAUAAUGUACAUUUAUCAAUCAUCGAUCAUUCACGGACCAUUGAAAUCAUUUCUAUUCAUCUAUCACCUUCAUCCCGAUCAAUCAUACAUUCGAGAGAUAACCAACUAUGCAAGAUUUAUCGAUCAAGAUGUGUUGUUGUAUUGUUUAUCUAAUUUUGGUAUACCUUCUUUUGGUGAUCAACAAGGAGUAUAUAGAUAUGAUCACCAACCUCCUAGUUGGUAUUAUACAUCACCUAGUUAUGAUGUUGAUAAUAUUACAAUAUCUGAUAUCAUCAUUGAUACUUGCCAAUCUCUUGAUAAUAAUCGAAAUAAUAGUAGCCAAAAUAAUAAUAAUAAUAAUAAUAAUAAUAAUAAUAAUUAUAAUACAAUAUACAACAUUGGCACAUAUCGAGUGGAUGUAGCUCAAUAUAUACAAAGCAUUGGGAAGGCUCAUUAUAGUGCAGUCUCUGACGCAGCAGAACUUAAUAACUUUGAAACAUACAAAUACCUAAAUUCAUUUUAUCAGGAAUCUGUGAUUGAUCAACAAGACGACAAGAUAUUUCCAUUUAUAACACUAGAGUACUUUAAAAUAGUAUUGGAGCCCCGAAAUUCCAUCCCAAAAGAGUUUAUAGAGAAUAUAAUAUCAAGAUCACGAAUAGAUCUAUUGGAAUAUCUAAUCAAUCAAUUUCCAACACACCCAUUCUAUUUCUUUCUCUGGCAAUCAGUUCAUGCUAAAGAUCACUCGAUGGAGAUUGCUAAACUUUUAAUAUCAAAUUUCGAAUUUAAUAAUAAUAAUAAUCAAAAUAAUAAUAAUAAUAUUUAUGUCAUAAAAGAUUGGGUUCGGAUUAAGUUUAAUAAGUGCAACAAAAAAACAAUGAUCUAUUUAUUAAACAAAGCAAUAGAAUACAAAUCAAUUGGAAUAUCAAUAUACAAUCCAAAGGAAGAAGAAAGGAUAGAUUUGGAAGGGAGCAAUGUUGAUAUCGAAAUGAUCGAAUUAAUUUAUCAACUAUUUCCUCCUCCUUGUGUUUGGGAAAAUAUAUCAAAAUGCAUCAACUCGGUGGAAGUGUAUCAUUGGUUCAAGAGUCAUGAUAUAAAGUUUUACCGUUUGAAAGAUUACUCAGUUAGAUCACACAACAAAGAGAUGAUUCAAUUUUUAUUUGUACCAGUAAAACAAGAAUUUUGCCAUUUACAUUCUUCAAGGCAUUAUUUUAAAAGAUUUGUCCAAGACAAUGAACCCAAAUUGGAAGAUGUAACAUUUUUCUAUCAAAUACUUUUCAAAUACUAUAAAUACAACUAUAAUGCACCUCUUGAACCAAAUCAACAAGAAUAUGCAGACACUGCCGAUCAAAUAAUAGCAAGAACAAUCAUUUUAAAAAGUUGGAUAGAAUAUUUCUACACACACUUUCAAUAUGAUACAUUGAAAUAUCUUUUGGAUCAACUACACAUUAUAGAUAGAAAUAUCUAUCUCGGAUAUAUCAUAUGGCGUUUGCCAUUAUAUGAACAUCUAUCAUUGGUACCAUACCUCGUCGAUGAAUAUAUAUCGAGUACAGAGGCAAGGAAAGAAGAAUUUGAGCAUUGUCAUCAAUAUUAUGUGUCGGUAGUUGGCAAAGAUAAUGAUCCUUUUAGGGAAUGGGAAUUGACGAGCGAGGAUGAAAUGGAAAGAGAUCAUCCAAUGAAGAACUUUAAUACCAACAGAACAUCAAUAAUUGACAGAAAAUACAAAGAUCAAGUCGUGCUACUUCAUAACUAUGAUAUCAGACCAAUCAAAACAGAAUACUUUAUCAAAUCACAUUGUACCAAAGAUAAUGAUCACAAAGAUAUGUUGGAUAGUAUUAUUUGGCAAUACGAGGAUGGAUAUCCAUUUGAAAACAGUCACAAACGAUCAUUACAACAUGGAUACAUUGAUAUUGUUAGAUUCUAUCGAUACAACACAACAACACCAACGAACAACAAUAAUGAUGAUGAUCAAUAUGAAUUGACCAACGAUCUUUUAAAAGGACUAUUCUUUAAAAGUUUAGCAUAUUCCAAUCACAUCUAUAACCUAUUGAGUAAUAAUAGGUAUUAA